GGUCUGAAUCUUCAACGAUUUUGCAAGGAGGACGCAUGUGAGCAGGCUGCGCCGUAUUUUUUAGAGUUCACAGAGCGACUGAGUGCUGGUCAUGGGUCUGACCAAACAGUACUUGCGAUAUGCUGCCAGCGCCGUGUUCGGAGUCAUCGGCAGCCAAAGGGCCAACAUCACGUACGUGACUCUUCGAGGAGGGGAGAAGGGGCGCUACGUGGCCGUGGCUGCGUGUGAACAUGUCUUUAUCUGGGAUGUUCGAAAAGGAGAGAAGGGCAAUGAUUCGGUUCUGGAGUUGUUCACAGUGCUGUCGGAGGCAGAGGUGCAAAGAAAAAUGAGCAGGAAGCUGAAGAAAGCCAAAAAGAAAGCAGCCAAAGCUCAGGGAGAUGCAGGCGAAGAGGCACCAGAGCUAACAGUGAAGAGGACGCUGAAGGACGAGAUCAUCAGACUAACAAACAUCAAGGCUUCUGCCAAAAUCAGGUGGGUGGCCUGUCUGUCAUGUGCAGGUGGAGAGCUGAAGGUGGCGCUGCUACUGCAAAACAACACCAUUGAGACCUACAGCAUGAAGACCACAGACAAGACCCCCACCGCCAAUAAGAUGGCUCGUCUGACGCUUGGCGGCCACCGCACAGAUGUCCGCACGCUGGCCUUCAGCUCAGACAACAUGGCUGUCCUCUCUGCCUCGGGGGACACAGUCAAAGUCUGGAACAGGUCCACCCUGCAGGUGAUCCGCACCAUGGCCUGUGAGUACGCCCUCAGUUCCCUUUUUGUGCCCGGAGACAGACAGAUAAUCCUGGGAACCAAGGGUGGGAAGUUGCAGGUCUUUGACCUAGCCUCAGGGAGCCUUCUGGAGAUUGUAGAAGCCCAUGAUGGAGCCGUGUGGUCCCUGUGCCUGGCCCCCGAUCAGAGAGGGAUCAUCACAGGAAGUGCAGAUAAGACGGUGAAGUUCUGGGACUUUGAGCUAAUAAAGGACAAAGGGACUAAUCAGAAGCGUCUGACGGUGAAGCACACUCGCACUCUGCAGCUGGAGGAGGACGUUCUGUGUGUGAGAUUUUCUCCUGACCACAGACUACUGGCUGUGUCUUUGUUGGACUGCACCGUCAAGAUCUUCUACACAGACACACUCAAGUUUUUUUUGUCUCUGUAUGGACACAAGCUUCCUGUACUUUGCUUGGACAUCUCACAUCGUCAUGUUCCUCCAGUUUGUCCCCAAAACUCAUCUGUUCUUCACCGCUGGGAAGGACCGCAAGAUCAAACAGUGGGAUGCUGAUAAGUUUGAGCACAUCCAGACACUCGAGGGCCACCAUCGGGAGGUCUGGUGUGUGGCCAUCAGUCCAAACGGAGACCACCUCGUGUCAUCUUCUCACGACAAGUCUCUGCGUCUGUGGGAGAGGACGAGGGAGCCCAUCAUCCUGGAGGAGGAACGGGAGAUGGAGAGAGAAGCAGAGUUUGAAGAGAGCAUGGCCAAAGGAGACAUGCCUGUGGUACCAGGAGAGACUGAGGGAGAAGCUGCACCGGCCGGAAAGAAAACAGUGGAGACAGUCAAAGCUGCGGAGCGAAUCAUGGAGGCUCUGGAGCUCUACAGAGAAGAAAGCAGAAAGAUGGAGGAGCACAAAUAUGCCUGUGAGAACGCUGGCAAAGAGUUGCCUCCUCCGAAACCCAACCCGAUCCUCGUGGCCUCUGGGAAUGUUGCUCCCUCCCGCUACGUCUUAGAUGUCAUAAAGAAGGUUCGGUCCAGUGAGCUGGAGGUGUCCCUGCUGGUGCUGCCGUUCCCGUAUGUCCCCGAGCUGCUCAAGCUGUUCAGCAGCUACAUCCAGCAGGACCUGGAGGUGGAGCUCGUCUGCCGCUGCCUCUUUUUCCUGCUCAAGAUCCACUUGGGUCUGGUCACCAGUAACCAGGUGCUGCUGUCCGUCAUCGACGAGCUCAGGGUCAAUACGCUCUCCAGAGUGCGCCAAAUCAGAGACGUGAUGGGCUUCAACAGCGCCGCCCUUCACUUCCUUCAGCGCCGGAUCGAGAGCAAAGAGGACGUGAUGUUCUUCACUGACGCUACGGGCCGGCUCAGCGACAACAAGAGGAAGAGGAGGAAACGGGAGAGAGCACUUCUGACCCUGGCUUGACUCUUCUGAACGUUGAUUUUAUUCCUAAAGAUUAACACACACACUCACACACCCCCGUGUCCCCCCAGCUGUGGUUCAGGCCUGAUGGAACAUGACGCAUUUCAUUUGUUUCCUCCCAGUUCAGCUUUUCUAAAUAAACCUGACAGAGCUGUGC